AUGAAGACAUUCUUCUUUUUCUUUGCUGUUCUCUUCUUUCUGUCUCCAGCCAAGAAUGCAUUCUUUGAUGCAAAAUGCAACAAGCUAAAUGGGAGAUGUGCAAAUUAUUGUAAGAAAAAUGAAGAACUUGUUGCUCUCUGUCAGAAGUCUCUGAAGUGCUGUCUGACAGUCCAGCCAUGUGGAAGCAAAGGCAAUGACUCUGCUGAAUACUUGGCUACAUAG